AUGUUAGCAACAUCGACUAGGCCUGCCGUCGCAGGUCCAAAUGGAAAGCCAACGUACCAAACAGUGACUGCACUCAAGAGAUGGUCAUGUGACGACAAGGACCUGCCAGCAAUCAGCGACAUCAAGGCCAUACACGUAUAUGACUUCGACAACACAUUGUUCGCGAGCCCUCUACCGAACAAACAGCUAUGGAACAGCGCCACGAUCGGUCAGCUGGGCAGCCCAGACAUGUUCUUGAGCGGAGGCUGGUGGCAUGACGCUAGCAUCCUGGGCGCGACUGGUGAAGGCGCAGACAAGGAGGAGAAGCGCGGCUGGGCUGGGUGGUGGAACGAACACAUCGUCACCCUGGUCGAGCAGUCGAUGCAACAGAAAGAUGCCCUCAACGUUCUCCUCACCGGCCGCGGCGAAUCCAACUUCGGCGAUCUCAUCAAGCGCAUUGUAAAGAGCAGAAAGCUCGAUUUCGACAUGGUAUGUCUGAAGCCUGCAAUUGGUCCUGCAGGGCAAAAGUUCAGAAACACAAUGGAGUUCAAGCAGGAGCUGCUUAAGGACAUUGUCUACACAUACAAGGACGCACAAGAAUUGCGCAUCUACGAAGACCGUGUCAAGCACACGAAAGGCUUCCGCGACUUCUUCUUCCAAUUCAACAAAGACCUCCUGGCUGGACAGCUGAAAGGUCAUCGGAAGCCAAUCGCGGCAGAGGUCAUUCAGGUGGCCGAGAACGCGACUCAGCUGGACCCUGUAGCUGAAAUCGCGGAAAUCCAGAAGCUGAUGAAUGCGCACAACAUGCAAGUCAAGAAUGGUUCUGCACCACCAAGUACUAUUCCAUAUCAGAUCAAGAAGACAGUCUUCUACACAGGGUACAUGAUUCCUGCGAAUAUGACCGAGAAGCUCACAUCGCUGGUGAAGCUUCCUCAAAGCACCCCGGACAACGACGUCAGGUUCCUCGCCAACAGCAUCCUCAUCACACCGAAGCCAUGUCCAAAGAGUAUCCUCGACAAGGUCGGCGGUAUUGGAGCCAAGGUCAGGUGGAAGGUCGUAGGCACGUCCUGCUUCGAGAACAAGCUGUGGGCUGCGCGAGUUGAGCCGGUGCCCAAGACGGCGAAGUACUACUCUGAGAACCCUACGCCCACUGUUGUACUAGCCAUUCGCAAGAACGGACGACCCGCAGAUGCAGCGCGGAUAACAAACUGGCAACCGGUGGCAGAAGACCAGGCUUUCGAAUUCGACAGUGUCGUGGGCGAGAAGCAAAUGCUGCGCAUCGAGGAAGAGACUGCCAACGAGAGCGAGUGGGAGAGCUACUUUCCAAACAAAUCGUACCGUAAGCGCUCUGCAGAGCCAAAUCAACAUGGUGACCACCGGUCACAUAACGCACGUUGCAAAGAUGAUAACCGCUCUUCAGGGUAUCGAGGCGGCAACCAGAACCGCGGCCGUGGAGGACACAGGAAUAACCAGUACAACAACCGAGGCAAUCGAGGCGCUCAUCGCGGCGAUCGAGGUGGCAGGGGUCGUGGCCGCGGUGGUGGUGGGCAGUCACAAUACAGAAGCCUGGAUGAUGUUGGUGGCAACUACGGGCUGUCCGGCCACGACAACAAUCCCGAUGCCUUCUAUUGA